AGUAGUACCGAAAUUGAAAAAUGGCGGCUGCUGAUGGAGGCGGAACAUCAGUUGUUUCGGAUGAGAAUGGUCUUGAUAAAAUAGAAGAUGAAACUGAAAAAAAACACAAGUUGAUAAUAGCUGAAAUAGAAAAUUCUGAGGGACAUUUGGGAACAGCUAUCAGAAAUGUUUACAAGGAAAAGGCCCCUGAAAAAUUUGUCAUACGACUCGACGAAAGAAUUAAAGAGCAUGAUAAGGAUAUUGAGACAAUGUGUAACUUCCACUAUCAAAGUUUUAUUGAGUCGAUUUUGGGAUUACUAGAUGUUAGAUCAGAUGUUGAUCAACUUUUCAGAUUAAUCGAGAGAAAUAACAAAGAGUUACAGGAUUCUGGUAAAAAAUUAACAGUCAAAGGCCAAAAACUGUUAGCUAAACGACAAAUGCAAAAGAACAUUGCUGAUGCAAUAGAACAUCUCAGCAUGUGCUUACCAGUUCUCGAAAUGUAUAAGAAACUUGAGGAACAAAUGAAUAACAAUAAGUUUUACUCGGCGUUGAAAACGCUCGAAGAAUUGGAACAUUCGUGUUUACCAAGGGUUCGAGAUUAUAAAUUUGCGGAAUCAAUGACGGAUUCUAUUCAAGAAAUGAGGAAGAAAAUUCAAACCCGCUCCAAAGCUGAAUUAAAUAGUUUUCUAACUAAUUUACGAAAGAGUACAAGUAGAAUCGGCGAAUUAGCAAUGAUACAAUCAGCGAGAAAUCAUGGCAUCGAUGAAUCAGUUGCUCAGAAAAAAAAGAAACGCCCAGCUCCUUCAGCUCCUUCUGCUCCAAAUCCCUUUACAGAUGAGGUUGAAAGUCACCAACAACCUGAAGAAGAAAUGUGCGAUGAAUAUAAAAUGAGUCCUCAAGAGUCUAUUGAUUAUUCACCAAUUUAUCGAUGUUUGCACAUAUAUCAAGUUCUAAGAAUUCGAUCCAAUUUUGAUAAAUAUUAUCAAGACCAGCGUGAACAACAAUCAAAACUAGCUCUUAGUCCUCCCCAAGCAUUAAGUCAAAUUGUUAAAAAGCCGGAUGACAGCCUAUUUGGGGAAAAUGUAUUAAAUUGUUUUAGGCAAUAUUUACAUGAAGUGUCUGGUUUUUUCAUUAUAGAAGAACAUGUUAUGAAUACUAUUAAGUCUGCUGACGGAAAAACUUUCUUGGAUAAAUUAUGGAAGACAGGCCUACAAGUUUUGUCAAAUAACCUAUUAAAAUAUUCUGCUUAUAUUCGAGAUCCUGAAUAUAUGCUUAAAGUAAAAAACUUGCUUCUACUUUUUUGUAAAACUUUACAGAGCUAUGGGUUUGAUAUUAGUCCAAUGGAGUCAACUUUAGUUCAAUUGAGAGAGUUGUAUGCCAAUGUUUUGGUAUCGGAAUGGCGAGAUCGUUUCAAGAGAAUAACAGACGAGGAUAAUUAUCAUCCUAUGGAAAUAGAAAGCGAAGAAGAAUAUGCAAAGCUGUUCAAAGACUUUCCCUAUAAAAUUUACGAGCAGGACAAUAUCACCUUUCCAACAACUCUACCUUUCUCAUCUAUGGUUCCCAAAUCGUUCAAGGAAGUGUUGGAGUAUAUAUUAGCGUGCAGAAAUUUUACAGAAGGUCUACAAAUUAGUGAUGCGGAACUAGAUGAUAUGAUAAGGAAAGAUGCAAACUCAGUGCUAUCAAUCUUUAACACAUCAUUAGCUGAGGUAAUAGAUACACCACGAUAUGAGGUUCAACAAAAACUUAUACAACUUUCGGUUAAUAUGGAUUAUUUAGAAAAAUCAUGUGUAUAUCUUGAAGAAUUCAUAUCGAAAGAAAGUAACGUCGAUGCUACAUUAGGGCAAACUUCUAAGUUGUUGGGAAGUUCUAUGUUUAAGGAUGCUAGAGGUAAGGCCGAAGUGGCCAUUUAUCGAAAUAUCGAAGAAAAAUUAGACGAAAUGUUUAGCUGUAACGAUUAUGAUUGGACAUCUGAUGUGCCAUUAGGUCAAGCGUCACCAUUUAUAAAAGAUGCUUUUACUUAUCUCGAGGCAACCUUUGUUUCUUUUGCCAAUCUACCAAAACACGUCUUUCAAAUGAGCUGCUUAUCAGCUUGCAAACAUAUUGCCUGCUGGUUAAUGAAAAUGAUAACUGAUCCUCAAGUCACAGCUAUUACUUUAACGGCUUUGCAACAAUUUGAAUUGGAUGUUGUAUGGUGCGAAAUGUUUGCUAAUAAAGCAUCAAAAGAAUUAAUUGGGGAUUUAGGCGAUGACUUCUUAGCAAUGACCUUUUACGACUUACGGCAAGUUGUUGACUUAUUUCUUAACAAUGACUGGAGCUUGUACUUGUCCGACUUUGGAAAACCAGAGGGAAGGUAUUCUAGAGUCGAUGGCAAUGUUGCAUUAACGAUACUAGAAAAAAUGAAGGAAGGAGAAAAAAGAAAUAAAGGUUCAUCCGUUCUCACAACUUUAAAACGUAAAAGCCCAGAGGAGAAGAAUCGCAAGAAAUUGACUGAUAGUGUAAUAAAAGAGUUGAGAAAUAAAUUAUCGAAUCUGCAACCUUGAAAAACUGACUCUUAGUAUUAAACAGAAUAACUAUUUAUUUCAAAUAAAUCAAUGAUUCGCUUCUUUACUUUUUAUAACAAAAAACAUUAACAGAUAUUAUUAUUAUUAUAGGUGGCGCUGAAAUUUCGAUUACUUUUUCUGAUUUUUUUCAUGGGGUGCAAUAGGGGAAUUGGGAAAAUACAAAUAUGAGAUAAAAGGCCAAAAACCAAAACAAUACGUAAUAUCGCAAAUUUUUAAACGUAAACGAUUGGAGUGAUAAUAUGUGAAAAUAGAACAAAACGAAUGGAACAUUGUACAUAUUGGUGAAACUAUUUUUAAAACAAUGCAGCACUGCUGUUUUAUUAUUCUAAUUAUUCUUAAAAUUGUAAGAAAUCAGAAUGAAAUUUGGAGAUUUGAAAUUAAUGAUCCAGGAAUUUUUCAAACAAGACAAAAAAUCAAAGUUAAAGUUAUUAGCGGAAACGUAAAAUUUAAGACAGAAAGCA